AUGGCGGAGCUCGGCAGGGCUUACGUGCGGCUGUGCGCGGCCCCGCAGGAGCUGGUGCUGCGGCGGCUGCGGGAGCUGGGCGGGCCAGCGGGCCGCGCCCGCCUGGACCUGGCGGCACAGAGCCUCUCGCUGGAGACCUGCGGCGCCCUGGGCCGGCUGCUGCCCGGGGCUGUGCCCGUGGCCGAGCUGGCGCUGGGCGACUGCGGCCUGAGCGAGGAAGGUGUAAAACUUCUGUUACAUGGCCUUUGCUCCAACACUACGGUCAAAUGUUUAGAUUUGAAGGGAAAUAACCUGCGAACAAUGGGAGCUGAGGCUUUGGGAAAACUUCUUAGGCAGAACAAAUCCAUCAGGAGCCUAAUCUUGGAAUGGAACAGCCUAGGCAUGUGGGAGGAGGGCUUUUCCUUUUUCUGCCAAGGCCUGGGAGCAAACAAUGUUCUCCAGCAGCUGGAUCUGCGCAAUAACCAGAUCAACCAUCAAGGAGCGGGAGAGCUGGCCAUGGCACUGAAACAGAAUAUCAGUCUUCAGGAGCUGGAUCUACGUUGGAAUAAUAUUGGGCUUCUGGGCGGCCGAGCUUUGCUGAACUGUCUGCACAGCAACAAGACCCUGAAGAGGCUGGAGCUGGCUGGUAACAAUGUUCCCGGUGACAUCCUGAAAGCUGUGGAACGAGCCAUGGAUCACAAUCAAGACCGUCAGACCAUCCUGAGCGAGACCCAGAAUCGAACAUACAUACUCAGCAAGGAGGUUUCAAGCCUGAAGGAUGAGAAGACCAAGCAGUUCUUGGAUUUGAUGGACACGAUAGACAAGCAGAGAGAAGAAAUAGCCAGGAGUGGAAGGAUGUCUGCAGCACGAGUCAGCCAGCUGCAGGAAGCAUUGGAUGAGCAGCACUCUAUUAUGAAUUCACUGAGAGCCAAGCUGCAGAUGACUGAAGCUGCCCUGACUCUAUCGGAGCAGAAGGUGCAUGACUUGGGAGAGCUACUAAAUGCCACAAAACAGGAACAGAUCAGCAUCGCUGAGCGCCAUUUUAUGGAGCUCCAGCAGCAAAAGCAGGAAGGUGCUGAUCGAGAAGGCAAGCUUUUGUGUGAUUUGUCUGCUGCCAGUGAGAAAAAUCUGCUUCUAAGAAACCAGGUGGAUGAGUUGGAAAAGAAGUGCAAAGUUCAGCAAGGUCAGCUAUUCCAGGUAAAACAAGAUUUGACCAACACAACAGCAGAGCUGAAGCUGCGGGCUGUGCAGGCUGAGGAACGCCUGGAAAUGGAGAAGAAAAGAUUUAAACAAAGCCUUGAAGAUGUGGAAUCCCUUCGGGUAAAAGAGUUGGAUCAUAUGACACAGCACAUAGAGGCCAGUGAACGUUCGAUGCAGGACAGGAUCCAGAGGCUGGAGGCCAUCAGGAUAGCUCUGGAGGAGGAGCUGAGCAAAGUCAAAGCAGCUGCAGUCGCUGAGCGAGGCCAGGCAGAUGAGGAGUUAAUAAAAGUCCGAAAUCAGGCACGGUUGGAGGAGCAGCAACGACUAGAACACCUAGAAGAUAAGCUGCGGCUGAUGACUGAGUCACGGGAUGAAGCUCAGAACUGCUGCCUUAAGCAGAAGCAAAUGGUUGCUGAGGCCCAAGCCAAAGUGAAUCAGUUGAGCCUUCAUGCUGAUGGACUCAGGAGGCGGCUAGAGGAACUUCAGCAGGACCUGAACAGUAAAGAAGAGGAGAAAGUGACAGAGGUGAAUAAAGUGAAAUUGGAAUUACAGAGCAGAUUGGACAUCUGCAGGGCUGAACGCACAGCACAGGGGGUGAGGGAGAAAAUUGCAUCCUUGGAGAGACAGCUGAAAGCCGUAUCAAGUAAUCACCGUGAGGCACUGCUAGACAAAGAAGGUGAAAUCUCUAUGCUGCUGGAGAAGCUUAGAAUGAAAGAGGCUGAAAUCUCCAGGGUGAGGGAAGAAGAGGCUCAGCGAGCAAGUUUCCUGCAGAAUGCCAUCAUGGCAUAUGUGCAGGGCUCCCCCUUGGGCACCCACAGUUACAGGAAAUGAGAGCAUGGCUUUAAGAAUCCAGAUAUCUGCUCUGAGGAAGAGGGUGAGCAAUUCAGGUACAGACUCUUCUUUCUGAGUGGGACAGUUUUGACACAGUUGGGUGACACAAAGGCUUGCCAACACUGAAAAUUGUUCUUCAGAAAUCUUGCUUCCUACUACAUAACGGAGAGCAGGAAACAACCAUCCAGGGCAGGGAUGGAGGCUUGUGGGUCUGAGUUCAUGCUGUGGAGCCCUUCCCCUUGCACUGCAGCCAGCAUUUGAAGUAGUUUCUAUGUCCUUUUAUACAGCACCAGUCUGUUGGCACACCCUGUUGUUACCAGGGGUUGUAUGUGCCCUGGGCAGUGCUCAUUCUGAAGCAUUUAUUUUGGAUGCCAGUGCUGCUCACAGCUUGAUAAAGACAAGCAGCAGCAUUACAGUUCUCUAGAGGUGGGAACCAUUUACUUUGCUCGAGGAGUCACAGAGCUGUUGGAAAACACCAGUCUUCUUACUUACAAUUUUGUACCUAAUGCUUACAGAUGGAAGCAGCAGUUCUUCUAUCCCCUGCCACCUGUGUCUCUGGCUGUGGUGCUGGCAGUAGAUACACAUUCAUUAACGGAAACAGCUAUGCAGAGGGGGACUGCUGUGCAGUGGCUGACCAUAACCUUGUUGGACAGCGGGCUUGGGCCAUGGUUUAAGCCUCUACAACACCAUCUGGCGUGCAAAGGGGUGUGUUGGGGUGUCCAGGCAUAAGCAUCUGUGCUUCCUCACUGAACCGCAGCUCUUGGCUGGAGUUCUGGCCCAAAAUGCAACGGAAUUUAAUUUCAGUAUGACAAAUGGCAAAACUCCUGGUGGCUUUUCAGGAUGCAGGAAGCAGAGUGCUGUUUUCUGGGCCUUAAUCCUGGAGAGGAGCAGUGUUUCUGGCUCAGCACUGGGGAGCUGCUGCUCAGAGCAGAACAAGGAGAAGGUGCUUCCUUUUCCUGGCAAUACCAAGUCCUCAUGUGGUGUAAAGGGAUGUGACGGUCUGAAUCAGAGAAAGUGGAGACCUCUGUCUGGACAGCACUAUUAGAGCCUUUUGUUAGUUUCUCCAGUGAGUUUGUGGUAGGAGAAAUUAUCUUGUGGUGCAUAUUUUUAAAAAGGCAACUGGAAAACAGAACUUUCUGUUUGGACACCUUGGUUUGUGUUCAUGAUUGCCAUAUUGAGUUUUGCUGGUUUUUUAAUAAAUGAGCUUUUGCAUUUUGCUGUAA